CCUUGGCGGGGGCGCGCGGCGCGGAGGACUGCACGAAAAGGGGGAAGUCAGGUGGCCGCUGCCGCCGCUGCCGCGGUUUGUCGCCAGAAGGAAGAUGGCGGAUCUAGAAGAGCAGUUGUCUGAUGAGGAGAAGGUGCGUAUAGCAGCAAAAUUCAUCAUUCAUGCCCCUCCUGGAGAAUUUAAUGAGGUGUUUAAUGAUGUUCGGUUACUGCUUAACAAUGAUAAUCUUCUCAGGGAAGGAGCAGCCCAUGCAUUUGCACAGUAUAACUUGGACCAGUUUACUCCAGUAAAAAUUGAGGGUUAUGAAGAUCAGGUAUUGAUAACAGAGCAUGGCGACUUGGGAAAUGGAAAGUUUUUGGAUCCCAAAAACAGAAUUUGUUUCAAAUUUGAUCACUUAAGAAAGGAAGCAACUGAUCCAAGAUCCUAUGAAGCAGAAAAUGCAAUUGAAUCAUGGAGAACUUCCGUAGAAACUGCUCUGAGAGCUUAUGUAAAAGAACAUUACCCAAAUGGAGUCUGUACUGUAUAUGGGAAAAAAAUAGAUGGACAGCAAACUAUUAUUGCAUGCAUAGAAAGCCAUCAGUUCCAAGCAAAAAACUUCUGGAAUGGUCGCUGGAGGUCAGAGUGGAAGUUUACAAUCACUCCUUCAACCACUCAAGUGGUUGGCAUCUUGAAAAUUCAGGUUCAUUAUUAUGAAGAUGGUAAUGUUCAGCUAGUGAGUCAUAAAGAUAUACAAGAUUCCUUAACAGUGUCUAAUGAGGUACAAACAGCAAAAGAAUUUAUAAAGAUCGUAGAAGCUGCAGAAAAUGAAUACCAGACUGCCAUCAGUGAGAAUUAUCAAACAAUGUCGGACACUACUUUCAAAGCCUUACGUCGACAGUUGCCAGUUACACGCACCAAGAUUGAUUGGAACAAGAUCCUUAGCUACAAGAUUGGCAAAGAGAUGCAGAAUGCAUAAGAUGAACAUUGCAUGACUGGAUCAUUUUAGUGUCUUUGCGUUAAAAUUAUUGCAGAAGUAUUCAGAACUGUCAAGCUGCUCAGUCAGAUGGACUGUUGCCGUUUAAAAUCACUGUAAUUAAUUAGUUUGGUUAGAGCACAAGGCUUAGCUAAUCAACCAUUAUUUUUCAUUUCUUUUGUUCAAAAAAUAUUGAAAGUCAGUUUAGUUUUAAAUCUCUUACUUUCUGUUAAACCUUUCUUACAGUGAAGAGAUAGACGAUUCCUCUAGCUUAUGGUUAAAAGUUUUUGAUGUGUUUCAAAAUUAUUUUACUUACUGUAACCCUAAAAUUGCUGUCUUUUGGUUUAUGAAGUGGGUAACUUUUGAUAUUUGCCCAACUCUUUUUAAUGGGGUCAAUAAAGGACUUUCUAGGUUUAAGGUGGUUGACUGGAUUUAGC